AUGGACGCCAUCGCUGUGAAUGUUUUUCAGGGAUUGACCUCUUUGGCUCUUGAUGAGUUCAAGCUGCUGUGGAAUGCUAAAGAAGAUGCAGAAAAGAUGAAGAACACUGUCCGCGCAAUCAGAUUUACCCUUUUGGAUGCAGAGGCAAAGGCCAAAGACCAUCAAGUCAGCUUUUGGCUGGAGAGAUUGAAAGAUGUACUCUAUGAUGCAGAUGACUUGCUUGAUGAUUUAUCCACUGAAGUUUUGACGAGGGAAUUGAUGACUCGAAACAAGGUGGCAAAGAAAGUAAGGAUCUUCUUCUCCAAAUCAAACCAAUUUGUUUAUGAUCUUAAAAUGGGUCGUAAAAUGAGGGAAAUCAGGGAACAACUGGAUGAAAUUGAUGAUGAGAAGAAAAAAUUGAAAUUGAAUGAUCAACCACUUAAGCCUUCAUCUGAUUAUGAGGACAGAAAACAAACUUACUCUUUUGUGGCACAAGAUGAAAUUAUUGGGAGAGAUAUGGAAAAAAACCUCUUUCUACGUUAUCUAUUGUACCCUGCUAUCAACGGUAGAGUUUCAAUUAUUCCCCUGGUUGGAUUUGGAGGGUUAGGCAAGACUGCACUUGCUCAGCUUGUGUACAAUCACGAAAACGUUCAAAAACAUUUUGAGUUUAAAAGAUGGGUGUGUGUGUCUGAUGAAUUUAAUGUAAGACAAAUAGCUCAGAAGAUUUUACGGAAAGAAAACACAAAAGACAUGGAGCAAGUGCAGCAGGAUCUUAGACAAUCAAUUCAGGGUAAAAGGUUUCUAAUUGUGUUAGAUGACGUGUGGAAUGAAGAUGUUGAGCUGUGGCUCAAGAUGAAAAGCUUAUUGAUGGAGGGAGCCCACGGAAGCAAAAUAAUUGUAACUACACGCAGUGCGAAAGUGGCAGAGGUAAUGGGCACAGAUGGUCAAACAAUUACCCUUCGAGGUCUGAGUGAAGAUAGAUCAUGGAGAUUGUUUUGUCGAAUGGCUUAUGGAAAUGAAAAAGAAUCGAAUAAUGUGGAGUUGGUAGCAACUGGAAGGGAGAUUGUGAAAAAAUGUGGAGGAGUUCCGCUUGCCAUUAGAAUUGCUGGAAGGCUUGUGUAUGACAAAAACUCAGAGGGAACAGAUUUGUCAUACCUAAAGAAUAGUGAGCUUUGGAACAUGGAUCAAGUGGAGGACAGAAUCUUCGGGGUGCUUAAACUCAGCUAUGAUCAUCUCUGUUCACCCAUGAAAAACUGUGUGGCUUUUUGUUCAUUGUUUCCAAAAGAUUUUUUGUUCAAAAAGCAAACACUAAUCCAAAUGUGGAUGGCUGAAGGAUUCAUCCGGUCACUGGAUCAAAUGAGGUGUGAGGAAGAUGUUGGCCAUGAAUGCUUCAUGAAACUACUUUCAAGGUCUUUCUUCCAAGAUGUGACAAGAAACAAGCACGGUGAUAUAGUGACUUGCAAAAUGCAUGAUCUUAUACAUGAUUUAGCACGAUUUGUGGCAAAGAAUGAGUAUCUUGUGGUCAAUGAAGGAAAAGAACAGAGAACUAGAGGUACAACACGUCAUUUGUCAUAUGAAGGGUCAAGAAAGAAUUGGAAAGUUCCAACUUCCUCCCUCAAAUCUGAAAAAUUAAGAACAGUUCUCAUACUUAAGAGAGGUUAUUUUGGUUGUCUGAUGGAUGAAUCUUAUUUUGGUUUGGUUACAUCAAGAUUAAACUGUCUGCGUGUUUUGGUCUUACAAGGCUCAAAUAUUACACAAAUACCAAUAAGUAUUGGAAAGUUGAAGCAUCUAAGAUUUCUUGAUCUUUCACAUAAUCAGAUAACCCAGCUUCCAAGGAAUAUUAACAGACUGCACAACUUGCAGACCUUAAACCUCUCCAGCAAUAAUAUUCAUGAAUUUCCAAGAGACAUCAGUAACUUGGUCAACUUGAGACACCUUCAAUUUGACAAUUGCAUGCUGAUAUGGAUGCCGCAUGGGUUGGGGCAAUUGACUUCUCUCCGAACCUUAACGGAAUUUGUAGUAGGUGACAAGAGGAUGCAAUUAAGAAGGGAUAGUGUAGGAGGGGUGUCUGAAUUAGGUGAACUGAACAACUUGAGAGGUUCUUUACAAAUCAGUGGCUUGAAACACCUUAGGCAUAACCCUGAAGAAGCUGAGUCUGCAAAGUUGAAAGACAAGCAACAUCUUCAACACUUGACGUUGGUCUGGUCCUCUGAUGAUGGUAAAUGUAUGGACAGUAAAACCCCCAUAGUUGAAGAUGAACUGAUUUUACAAAGGCUUCGUCCUCAUGAUACUAUCAAAAGCCUGGUUAUAAAAGGAUUUUGUGGGGAAAGGUUACCAGACUGGAUAGGAAAUCUCAAGUCACUGCAAUACCUUGAGUUCCAUGAUUGUGAGUGUUUGCCAUCACUUUCUGAAGUCCGUCGUAAUAUCGGAUCAUCAAAAAGAUCGAUGAUAAACGGACGUCAUUCGUUGGGGCAAGGCGAAGUUAGAGGUGAUGUACGGGUAUCCAUUAUAUAUAGCAGUGAUAAUCUUUUGAUUUUACGUGAUUAGGUACUCUCUGUGGCACUCUACGCUGAAAGGAAAAAAAAUAUAAUGCUGCUUGAGGUGUCAUGUGAUGUAUUAUGGUGGAGAAACUGUUUUAAGAGUCAGGCUCGUAGCUUUAUAAUUUGUAAUUACUAAUAUAGUAUUCUCUGUUUGUUUGUAAAUUGGGAGCCAAGUGGAGACUCCUCGGGUGUAAACAAUGCUGGCUCCUAAGAUGUAAUAAAAGUUGGU